AUGGAUGCUCCCGCUCUCCACCAGACGGAAUUCCCCGACGGACUGGUAACAUCGGGCGCCGAAGAUCUCGCUGAAAUAGCGAGCUCCGACGAAGAAAGUACUGUUGCAGCCAUCCAGGGGGAUGAACAACAAUAUGAGGCGGAUAAUGAAGAGGAGAAUAUGUUCCAGCCUAGUUUGGCGGACAUUUUCCGAGACUGGAUGAUUUUGACCAAUGCCCCCUUCAGUACCAGGAAGGUGCCAGUCCAACGACGACUGCUUGGUAGCGUCUACAUCCAUUUGGAGGGCACUGGAAUUGGAACCCCCGGAUUCCAAGUCGUCCACAAAAUGAAGACAUGGUCCUGCAAGAACAUCUGGAAGGGCACUGACGUAGAUCAGAAACAGCAGUGGUCCUUGGACGGGGCCUUUAGGAACUCCAAUAGAGACCGGCGCUGGAGAAGAGUACCAAACUGCAAAAGUUCCGCUGGAUUCGACGUGCCGAAGCUCCAUCCAGGUCUUUGGAGGGCUGAAGUCGCCUACAAGCAGGUGAAGUGGUAUUUGGAGGAGAUUUGCUCAGGGCCAUUGAUAAGGCCUGAUAUAAUUGGAUCCGGAUUUGCCUACCUUGAAUGGGGCAUCUCGCGU